GUACGGCGUCAGUCUUCCAGCGCCGACUCGGCCUGUACCCGCCUGCGAUCUGGGCUCGCGCUGCUCGGACCGGGAUGGCAGCGGCGACCGAGCCCGGGGCACGCGCCUGGCUGGGCGGCGGCUCCGUGCGCCCCAGCAGCCCGGCCAGCAGCCCUGUGCUGGGUGCCCGAGGCCACGCGCGCCAGGGGCCGGGGUCGGGGUCGGAGCGGGCUGGCGGCAGAGCCCCUGGCCCCGCCGCUGCGGGUCACAGCUUCCGGAAGGUGACGCUCACCAAGCCCACCUUCUGCCACCUCUGCUCCGACUUUGUCUGGGGGCUCGCCGGCUUCCUGUGCGAUGUCUGCAACUUCAUGUCCCAUGAGAAGUGCCUGAAGCAUGUGAGGACGCCGUGCACGGGCAUCGCGCCCAGCCUGGUGAGGGUCCCUGUAGCCCACUGCUUCGGCCCCCGGGGGCUUUACAAGCGCAGGUUCUGUUCUGUGUGUCGCAAGGGCUUGGAGGCACCCGCACUUCGCUGUGAAGUGUGUGAGCUGCACGUUCACCCCGACUGUGUGCCCUUCGCCUGCAGCGACUGCCGCCAGUGCCACCAGGAUGGACACCAGGACCAUGACACGCAUCACCACCACUGGCGGGAGGGGAACCUGCCCUCCGGCACGCGCUGCGAGGUCUGCAGGAAGACGUGUGGGUCCUCCGAUGUGCCAGCAGGUGUGCGCUGCGAGUGGUGUGGUGUCCAGGCCCAUGCGGUGUGCUCCACGGCGCUUGCUCCAGAGUGUGCGUUUGGGCGCCUGCGCUCCAUGGUCCUGCCCCCCUCGUGUGUGCGCCUGCUGUCCCGCAACUUCAGCAAGAUGCACUGCUUCCGCAUUGCUGAGGCUGUGGUGCCAGAGCCAGGUGACAGGGACGAUGGAGCAGAUGGAAUUGCUACCGGGGUGCUGGGCAGAGAGGCCCUGGUGGCUCCAGAGUCAGGCAAGCAGACCCUGAAGAUCUUUGAUGGCAAUGAUGCCAUCAGGAGAAACCAGUUCCGCCUGGUGACUGUCCCGCGGCUGGCCAGGAGCCAGGAGGUGCUGGAGGUGGCGCUGCGGGCCUACUGUGUCAUUGAGGAUGCUCGGGACUUUGAGCUGCAGGCGCUGCCCCUGCCUUCACUGAGUGGUGACACCCAGGCCCUGGGGAAGACUGGGCUAAGUGGUCCUGUAGAGGAGGAGGGCAGCAGAGUCUCUGGGCCCCAGGAGUCCAUGCCCGAGGCCUGGGUCAUUCGUUCCUUGCCUCGGACGCAGGAGGUCCUGAAGAUCUAUCCAGCUUGGCUCAAGGUGGGUGUGGCCUACGUGUCCAUCCGUGUGACCCCACAGAGCACAGCGCAGACCGUGGUGCUGGAGGUCCUCCCGCUGUUCGGGCGCCAGGUUGAGGGUCCUGAGAGCUUCCAGCUGGUCGAGGUGCUCAUGGGCAGCAAGCAAGUCCAGCGGACAGUGCUAGCAGAUGAGGAGCCCCUGCUUGAUCGGCUUCGGGACAUCCGGCAGACAUCUGUGCGGCAGGUGAGCCAGACACGGUUCUAUGUCACCGAGAGCCGGACCGUAACCCCACACGUCUCUCUGUUCGUGGGUGGCCUGCCACCUGGCCUGUCCCCCCAGGAAUACAGUCACCUGCUGCAUGAGGCUAUGGCCACCAAAGCUGCCGUGGUGUCCGUGAGCCAUGUCUACAACUCACAAGGUGCGGUGGUGCUGGACGUGGCCUGCUUUGCUGAGGCUGAGCGGUUGUUCAUGCUGGGCAGGGACACGAUGGUGCGUGGCCGGCCGCUGUCGCUGCUGGUGCUCCCAGACGUGCUGCACAUGAAGCUGCCCCCAGAUUGCUGCCCGCUCCUCGUGUUCGUGAACCCCAAAAGUGGGGGCCUCAAGGGCCGAGACCUGCUCUGCAGCUUCCGCAGGCUGCUGAACCCACACCAGGUCUUCGAGCUGACCAAUGGGGGGCCUCUUCCUGGGUUUCAUCUGUUCUCCCAGGUACCCUGCUUCCGGGUGCUGGUGUGUGGUGGGGAUGGCACCGUGGGCUGGGUGCUUGGCGCUCUGGAGGAGAUACGACACCGUCUGGCCUGUCCAGAGCCAUCCGUGGCCAUCCUGCCCCUGGGCACAGGGAAUGACCUUGGCCGAGUGCUCCGCUGGGGGGCAGGCUACAGCGGGGAAGACCCGUUCUCUGUGCUUGUGUCUGUGGAUGAGGCUGAUGCUGUGCUUAUGGACCGCUGGACCAUCCUGCUGGACGCCCAGGAGGCCAGUAGUACCGAGAACAGUGUAGUGGACACAGAGCCCCCCAAGAUAGUGCAGAUGAGUAACUACUGUGGCAUUGGCAUUGAUGCUGAGCUCAGCCUGGACUUCCACCAGGCGAGGGAGGAGGAGCCUGGCAAGUUCACCAGCAGGUUCCACAAUAAGGGUGUGUAUGUGCGGGUUGGGCUACAGAAGAUCAGCCACUCCCGCGGCCUCCACAGGGAGCUCAGGCUGCAGGUUGAACAGCAGGAGGUGGAGCUGCCCAGCAUUGAGGGCCUCAUCUUCAUCAACAUCCCCAGCUGGGGCUCAGGGGCUGACCUGUGGGGCUCAGACAGCGACCCGAGGUUCGAGAAGCCACGCAUGGACGACGGGCUGCUGGAGGUGGUGGGUGUGACAGGCGUCAUGCACAUGGGCCAGGUGCAGGGUGGGCUGCGCUCUGGGAUCCGCAUCGCCCAGGGUUCCUAUUUCCGAGUCACGCUCCUCAAGGCUACUCCUGUGCAGGUGGAUGGUGAGCCCUGGGUUCAGGCCCCGGGGCAUAUGAUCAUCUCAGCUGCUGGUCCCAAGGUGCACAUGCUAAGGAAGGCCAAGCAGAGACCCAGAAAGGUUGGCACCACCAGGGACGCCAGAGCAGACACCUCAUCUGCCCUUGAGGGUGACCCUAAGUAGAAGCUUAAGAAGGCUGGUUUCCUGUCUUCAGCUGCUCCGAGUUCACACACUGGCUGGCCAGCAGAUGGACCCAUCACCUGGACCCCAGCAUCUUCCCAGGCCCAGAUGUUUCCGGCUCUUGUCCUUGUCUGGUGUUACGUGGACACUGAUGGGAGGCGGGUGGCCAUCUCCCCCUUGGCCCAAGGGCAGCUGUGUAGCAGGUGGGCACUGUUCCCUCAGGGGCUGGGAUCCCACACCGGUGUUAGUCAUGGAAGUCCUGGGGAAGGGAGAACCGGGAGGUAGGGCCCAGGCUUCCGUCCUGGGGGUCGACACCCUCUCUUUGUAACCCUCCACCUGAGCACUAUAACUGGACAGCACUGGACAAGGGCCACGUGUGCCACUCUGACCAUUCCCCUGGAACUACUACUGGACCUCCUACUGGCCCUGUAGUAGCAAGUUCUGUCAGCUUUUCCUGCCCCUCCCGGUGGGAAGGUGGCCACCUCUGUUUGUCUUGGGGAAGGUGCCUUCCCUUUUUUCCAGCUUGCACUGUGGAAUGUGGCUGCAGGGUCUGUGCAGUACUGACUGGGCCUGGCUACCCUUCUCUAGGGCUGGUGGCGAAGGCUAAGGCAAGGGGAACAGCAUUCCCACACCUGUCAGUCCACCUUGAGCCCAGUUGGAGUGUGGGCUGGGCCCUGAGCAUAUUCCCUUGGGCCCCAGAGUCCACGGGCAGGGCUGGCGUGCACUGGUGGAAGUGUAGACCACCGCCAGGCCUCAGGCUCAACCACAGCACUUUACAUGCCUGCUGCUUGCCAGCAAGUGUCCCAUGUUCCCUUCCUGCCCUGGCUGUGUCCCCCAGGCAGUUCUGCUUCCGGGCCACCCUGGGGCACCAUGCCAAGAUAGCCCUUGCACCUCAGAUCCCAAAGGAGUUUGACCAGAAACGAGAAACCUAUGUGGGAAGACCCAAGAGGUCCCAACCCUAAAAAAGAGACCUCAGUCAGAUCUUCUCCCUUUGUCUGCUGGCACUGGGUCUGCAUGGCCAUGGCCCUUGACCUCAGAAGUGGCUGUGGCCUGGCCUGCAGCCCUGGAGAGCCUUGGUGCCAUUAAGCCCAGCCCCUUCUCCUGCUUCUGCCAAAAUUGCACAAAUGCGUCCUGGGGGCCACUUGUGGUCUCUUGUAUAGACAUUCCUUGUGUUCAUGUCAUAUGUAAUGUCCGAAACACGUCUUAGUGGUGUAACUAGUUUUUGCCUUGAUUCUCAUUUGCAAGAAUUGUUUGUUUGUUGUGGUCAGUGUGGCUUGUCCUCCAUUUAUGUGAGACUGUCUGCCCACUGGGUGUGUGUCCCUGUGUGCUAGUCCUGUGUGUGACUGACUAACCACUCCUUGAAUGUGACCUAAUUUAUAUCAGGAUGAAUAGAAUCUGGACUCCACUGUUC